AUGCCCGAGGAAGAGAUGACAGGAUUGUAUUUGAAUAGAAAGCAUUCUAUCAUUGAUCAUUCUAUCACCAAUGUGUGCUGGGCUGCUAAAAGGAGUGGCAGUGCUAAUAUAGCUCAGAGACCAGAAUCAAGAAGAAGCACAGGGCCGAGUAGAGGGCCAAAGCCGAGCAUUCCUGGUAGAGUUUUUGCUAUGAGUGGAGCAGAGGCUUUGCAGUCAGAUGAGCUAAUCCGAAGUAAAUGCAUUAUUAAGGGCCGAUUGCUUGAUGUGUUGUUUGACUUGGAUGCUACACACUCUUUUAUUUCUGUGGACUGUAUGAAGAGUCUGGAUCUAUAUGUGACUGAAUUGUCGUGUAACGUUGUGGUGACUACCCCUACAGGUAAACCGGUUGUGACAUCAUGGGUGUGUUUAGGAUGCUCUAUAAUGGUGCAUGCUAGGGAAUUUGAGGUGGACUUUAUCUGUUUGUCUCUGUCCCAGCUGGAUGUGAUUUUGGGGAUGGACUGGUUAGCUGCCAACCAUGUACUGUUGGAUUAUAGAGAGAAGACCUUGAUCUUCGGUGCAACAAUGGUGGAGGUUCCAAGGCUUAUGAGCUAG